AGCGCGCGGGGUCUUGUUGCGGGGAAAAAAAGCGCCAAGUUCUGUGCCGGUUGCUAGGAGAGAAUCUGCGGGAAAUAAUCAAAAUAAUACUUUGGAAGAACAGUAAUAAAUACUUUACGAAUAACGCAUGAGUAGCGUUUUCAUGACGCGUAUGUAGUAGCACCGUGUCCUUGUGCUGAUACUGUGGAAAGCAGCAACACGAUGCCUGGCCUUGUACAUAAUGACAACGGGGCAGCAAAGGGCAGCCCUCUCAAGAAGAACCGAUUGUCUCUUAAGUUCUUCCAUAAAAAAGAAACUAAAAGGGCGUUAGAUUUCUCUGAGACACAAGAAGAGGAAGAGACUGCUCCAGAACCGGUUGUAGCAGAAAGUUGUGACCAGGUUGUACCUGCACCCCUGCCCUCAUCCCCUCUUCUCUAUGAGAAAAGGGAAAGCCUGGUACCUUUUGUGGGUUUAAAUAACCUUGGCAACACUUGCUAUCUUAAUAGCAUUCUACAGGUAUUGUACUACUGUCCUGGCUUUAAAACUGGAAUCAAGAACUUGUACAAUUUGAUCUUAAAGAAAGACAAGCAAAAGGACAAUGAGGUGAAAAAGGAGGAGAGGGAAAAUGUUCAAGAGGAUUUACCAACAAAUAUUGAGCUGCUGGUCAGUUUUCAUAGUCUGGUGGUAUCAUUGGAUCAACUUCAGUCCAGCUAUCUGCUCAAUCCAGAGAAAUACACCGAUGGGGAACUUGCCGCGCCACCAAGGAGAUUGCUCAACACACUUCGGCUGCUCAACCCCAUGUAUGAAGGAUAUCUACAGCAUGACGCCCAGGAGGUGCUGCAGUGUAUCCUGAGUUACAUCCAGGAGGCUUGUGAAACCUUAAAGAAAGAGCACAAGAGUCAGGUGGAGAAGCCAGGUGACGGAGGUGAAGAGGACUGCCAGCAGGGCUUUCUGGGGGAGUGCAGCGCACCGCCUGCCAGCAGCGCAGAGGGGGAAGGUUCAGUGAAGGAUGACGAGAGACGGGCGAAUGGGAAGCGGAAAAGCGACACAGAGGCUGGCAAUCUCAAAAAGAAGCCUAAACCUCUCAAAACACAGAAGCCAGUGGAAGAAAAAAAACACUUCACCCGAUCAAAAAGGAAGUCUUCAAGUGAUAGCGGGAUAGAGACUGAGAAGGAAGGCAUAGACGACGGGAAUGAUCCUGAUGGGAAGAAUGAAAAUGAUAUCACCAGACGUGCGAAGAAAAAGAAACAUCACAAACUUGGCUGGCUGAAGUCUUCAAACAAACAGCCCAGUAUCUUCUCUAAGUUUCGCAGUAUGGGAAAGCUGAGCACACAUUCCAGACAUAAAGGGCCGGAGAAAGAGGCUGAGGAACUCAAGAAUCCUGUGGACUCGGUGAAAGUUGAAAACCAAGAAAAUGCAGAGAACUGUGCUUUGAAUAAACAAGUUAAUAAAACCAUGGAAGAAAAAGAAGAGUGCAGUUCUGCAGAGCAAUGCUGUUUUGAUCUGAUGGAGAGGUUGUUUCAGGGUCAGCUGGUGCUCCGAACCCGGUGCCUGGAAUGUGAAUGUUACACCGAAAGGAGAGAGGAUUUCCACGACAUCAGUGUGCCGGUACAAGAGGAUGAACCUUGUACAGUUGAAGAUAGUUCAGAGAUCUCUCCUGAACCCAAGAUGGAAUUAAAGACCCUGAAGUGGGCAAUAUCUCAGUUUGCAUCGGUAGAGAGGAUUGUCGGGGAAGACAAAUACUUCUGCGAAACAUGCCAUCACUAUACAGAAGCUGAAAGGAGCCUUUUAUUUGACAAAACUCCAGAAGUUGUAACCAUUCACCUGAAGUGCUUUGCUGCUAAUAGUUCUGAGUUUGAUCCCUAUGCUGGACCGUCGAAGGUGAACACUCCUCUACAGACGCCGCUCAAGCUGUCGCUGGAGGAGUGGUGCACAAAGCCGUCCAAGGAGCACUAUGAAUUAUUUGCUGUAGUGAUGCACAACGGAGUCACCAUCAGCAGCGGCCAUUACACAACGUAUGUUAAAAUGAUGGAUCUUGGCAGUGUAGAAAUACAAAGAACGGACCUCAAAGAGGAGAGUGGAGCGGACUCCCUUAAACCAGAGCCCUUGGAUGAAGAGGAGGCCAGGGCUUUUGAUCCACAGGACUACGAUGACGGCGAAGUCUCAUUUAGUGUGAGUGGAAAAUCGCACGGCCCGGCACAGAAAGUCAAUGUCAAGAAGUCUUUAGAAGGGGUUGGGCUCCUUGGAGGUCAGAGAAGCAUUUCAAACUUUGAUCUGGCCAGCAGCAAAGCAGCGAACUCUGAAAAGACAGUCGGUGCUCUAACAGAUAAUGGAAAAUGUGAACGAAGCUCUGCAAACGAUCAUUCGGACAGUCUGUGUAAAAAUGCACAGGAAUGCGCUAUUGUGAAUGGAAAUGGCAGUAAUGAAUGUAAAGCACCUAGCAGCCAGGCCCCCGAUCCAGUCUUGUGCAAUCUGUUGGACUGUGAGGGGAAGUGGAUGCUUUUUGAUGACUGUGAAGUGAGACUUGUUGAAGAGACAGAGUUUUUGAGUUCAUGCUCGCCAGCCUCGUGUUCCACAUCCACCCCUUAUCUUUUGUUCUAUAAAAAAGUUGUUUAAAAAUGGCCGUGUUUAUUUAUGGCUACAAACUGCUUCCCCCCCACCUCCAGUCUCUACUUCAGUUUAUAUAUUGUAAAGCACAAUUGUGUAAAAUAAAAUUCACUGUCCUUUACACAAAAACAAUACACAUUUUCAAUAGAAAAUAUAUUCAGCUGUAUGAAUUUUUGUGUUAAAGCAUGUUCUAUUCUGUUUCUUUGUACAGUAUAUUGGCACUUAAACUGUAAUGUAAUUGUUCCUUUUUAACCUGGAUUGUGUUUGUGUGCUACGUUUGCUAAAAAGACCAUAGAAAAAGUAAAUAUGUUUCACCUGAACUAUACAUGGUUUUAAAAUUUUAUAUAUAAAUAGUGCAUUUUAUUAUUCUAGACAGGAUUUUGUUGUUUGUUUUUUUAACAGUAAAUGUUCAUGAAAGGUCCUGUUGGGCAAAACGUAAAGAAUUAACAUUUUUAUAUGAAGAUAGAUAUAUAUUAAGCUAAAACACAUUUC